UCUUCCUCCACUUUAGUUGGCACGUACGUGAUUUUAUUCACAUUUUAUUUUAGAUUUAUAAUUUAUUUUACAAUUUCUAAGUAACAAUCGUCGAUGUUUCAAUUAAAUUUUUAAAAUUAUACUUGAGCUUUCAAUAUGGAGUACAAAUAUUCGAUAUGUAUUAUAUUAUGCUGCGUGCUAGUAUGUUCUGCGCAGUUCGUGGAUGAUAUGCAGAUUUACGAGAAGGAAUGCUUGGGAGAAGACAAGUUCCAAUGCGAAGACGGCGGGUGCAUCUGGCAGCAUCAGUAUUGCGAUGGAAGCAAAGAUUGCGAAGAUGGCUCGGACGAGGCUUUGUGUAUGGAAACCGCAUCAAUACCAACGCGGGAAGAAUGCGCAAAACUUAAUAAGUUCAUGUGCUGGGAUGGCAAACGCUGCAUACCGAAAGUUUUAAUUUGCGACAACGAGAGGCAUUGUGACGAUGGAAGCGAUGAAGCCAAUUGUACGCACCCAGUGGAAAAUAAAAAUGCUAGCUGCAAAGGCUUUCGAUGCGUAAGCGACGGCAAAUGCAUCUCUAGUGUAUGGGCGUGUGACGGAAAAUACGACUGUACCGAUCAGAGUGACGAAGAUAUUACCACAUCAUGCUUGCAUGUGACUCGUGAUGAAUAUAUAACAGAGUAUCUGGUUCUACAACCCCAACUGAACUGUUAUCAGUGUCACGACUAUUCGUAUUGCCUGAGACCUGAACGCAUGUGUGAUGAUGUACCGGACUGCAGAGACGGAAGUGACGAGGGACCAUUCUGUCACAACUGGCAAACAAUGUGUACAAACCACAUAUGCGGCGAUAGAAGUGUAUGUAGACCCGAACGUGAAGGCCCCACAUGCGUAUGCCCUCUUUAUCACGAAUACAAUAUCACAUCACAAAAAUGUUAUCCCGUGGACUCCUGCCUUGACGCGGAUCCGCCUUGUGCACAGAUUUGUGACUAUAAAAAUGGACCUUUCCAGUGUUAUUGCGAGGAGGGCUAUAUAAUUGAUAUUCUAAAGAUCGGUGUUGGAUGCUUUGCACCGGAUCCAGAAGGUCUCUUGUUCUACAGUACAAGCAACGAAAUUCGGUAUGUUGGAGUGAAAUCAAAACAUAUACGAGUUGCUGCCACUAGAUUGAAGCAACCGCGAGACAUGGAAUACGACGGCAAACAUCUCUACUGGGUAGAGACAGCAGCAGGACAUCAAGCCAUUGUGAGGGCGCAGCUCCACAACAUCACGGAGACCAAAGAGACAAUCGUAAGUCUAGGUCUUGAAGACUCAGAUUCAAUAGCCAUAGACUGGCUCGGGGGCAAUUUGUACUUCACGGAUGCAGAGCGUGGAAUCAUCUCAGCUUGCACGUUGAAUGGUUCAGCGUGUACAACGAUAGUCACCAACGCCAGAGUCCCGAGGCAUCUUACGCUGCAUGUUAAAAGGGGUAAUAUGUAUUGGGCAGACUGGCACGAUCGACCAGUAAUAAUGGCAGCACGUAUGGACGGGUCAAAUUCGUCUGUUCUUACUGACAAACUACAGAAAUACCCAACGUCUCUUUCGCUGGAUGCGCCCAAUGACCGUCUCUACUUUAUCGAUGGCGCAGUCAAAGUUAUUCGUGCUGAAGGUGGCAAAAUAUUCACGAUGUUCGAGCAUCCCCUGCACCGUCCACACGCAGUGGCACUUUUCGAAAACUCAGUGUAUUUCAGCGACUGGACUACGAACUCCAUUCUAGGCUUACGGAAAAUGUCUGGCCUCGAACACAGGGAUGAUAUCUAUAAAGUUAAUGCUACUGUGUUUAAUCUCUUCGUAUACCACCCAAUUCUUAUGACAUCCAAAUCAAACCCGUGUGAAAACCAUAGUUGCUCGCAUUUUUGUUUCCUCACGUCGAAUGUGUCAUAUGUGUGCGCAUGUCCUGAGGAUAUGCAACUGAAGACGCAUUCAAGCAAUAUUUGCCAGGAGAUUGAGACUUACCGACCUCAAUAUCUCGUAAUCGGAAGUGGAGCCGACUUCACUCGGAUCCAAUACAACACAUUGGGAAACCCUGAAAGCCACGCGACUCACUUUGACAUAGGUCGUGUACAGGCCAUGGCUUACGACAGUAUCCGAGAUAUGCUUUACAUAUUCGAUGCAAUACAUAAAACAUUAAAUUACGUAUCGAUGCGAGAUUUCAAAGGGGGUAAGACGCAAGUCCUCCUCAGAUUCGGACUCAACAAUAUUGUCGAUAUGGAUUUCGAUUAUGUAACAAACGUCUUAUACCUAUUGGAUGGAGGUCGUUGGACUCUCGAUUUGGUUUCUUUGAAGACGUUGAAGACCACUGUUUUAGUUCGUUUUGAACAGACUCCAAUUAGUUUGUGUGUUUUAUCAGAUUAUGGAAAAUUACUAGUGGCAGUCAAAGAAGUAAAUAACGGGAUUCGAAUCGACAGUAUGGGCCUUGAUGGAUCUGACAGAAAAACGAUUGUUGUCAACGAUUUAAAAGGUCCUCACAUUGCAUUAAAGUAUGCUCAUAAUUUGGACAACGUAUACUUGGCUGAUGAAACCAGCGGUAUGAUCGACUACAUGCAUCCUGAAGGUUCUGGACGAGAAAACUACCGCGAGUUAUCAACAACCGUGACGAGCCUUGCAGUAACAGACACGUACGUGUUCUGGACAGACCGUCGAAGCACAAGACUGUACUGGGCAGAUAUUCAUGAAACCACGCCUAAGAUUCGCAGGAUGGACUUUUCGAUGUUCUCAAACACAAGCCAUCUACACAUUCAAGCCACAAAUCCAAUACCAACAAACCCGAUAUUACGCCAUCCAUGCAACUUGGAUCCUUGCAAAGAAAUUUGUGUACAGACCCCCCAUUUGCCACAUACAGAAGAAUAUCAUUACAAAUGUCUAUGUUCCCCUGGUCUAAUAAAUGUAGCUGGAGAUUGUGUGGAAUUGAUCACCUGCAGACAAGAUCAGUACUUCUGCCAUAUUAGCAAUGCGUGUAUCGAGAAAAGUCAGAUUUGCAAUGGUAAGAAGGAUUGUUAUUAUGGAGAAGAUGAAGAAGGUUGUCAUCGGUUUAAUCCCGCUAUUUCAAACAUAUGUCCACCGCACGAGUACUUUUGCAAUGACACCUGUAUUACACAUGAUAAACCCUGCAUACCUCCUGCCCCUGAACACAAUCAAUGCACAGAAACCCAGUUCAAAUGUAACAAUAACAAGAUCUGUAUCGAUCGAGUGCGAAUGUGCGACGGCAGAAAUGACUGUCCAGACGCUAGCGAUGAGUCAGAAAGUGUAUGCAAUCUGCAUCAUUGCUUGGAAACUGAGCACAUGUGUGCAUCAAGGCAAUGCAUUUUGGCCACAUUUCAUUGUGACGGAGAGACUGACUGCGCAGACGGUUCCGACGAGAUCAUUGGUUGCAGUGCAAAAACCUGCAAAUUAGAUCAAUUUCAAUGCAUAGGCCAACGUAACUGUAUCGAAUUAAGGCAAUUGUGCGAUGGGGUACAGGACUGUUCUGAUGGCAGCGAUGAAGAAGGCUGCUUGGAACCAGAAUUUAAUUCAGAUUUUGUGGAGACCGAAAACUGUGCACAAUGGGAGUUCGCUUGCGAAAUGAACAGAAGCAUUUGCUUGCCGAUUACCCUUCGGUGCAACGGUAAAACAAAUUGUCCAGGCAACACAGACGAGUUGAAUUGUCACAGGGAUAUGUAUUGCAACCGGGGCACCAUGUUCCGUUGUCAAGAAGAAAAGAUGGCGUGUAUCCAUUUUAAUCGGGUCUGCGAUGGACACAAGGAUUGCAUUGAUUCGUCUGAUGAAAAUAUUGAAGCGUGUCUUCUUGUAAACCGGACUUUAAAGCGCUAUCCGUUGGUGUACAAAGAGGAAUGCCGAGAUGGUUACCACUGUAACAGUGGACAGUGCAUCGCAUGGAAAGCAGUGUGUGAUGGAUCGUUUGAUUGCUAUGACGAAUCGGAUGAAGGACCCAUGUGCUCAUCAGCCUGCGAAAACAACACCUGCUCCUACACUUGCCAACCGACCCCACACGGCCCGUCCUGCAAAUGUCCUGUUGGAUUCCAACCAGGCUCAGACCUGCACUCUUGUGUGGACGUGGAUGAAUGUCUCAACGACGCCUGCUCUCAGAUCUGUCGAAAUACUCCAGGGUCAUUUUUGUGCUCGUGUCACCGAGGAUAUGCUAUAGGCUAUGACCGCCGUUCUUGCAAAGCUACAAAGAGGAACAUGUCUAUCCUGUACGUGUCAGGCAACUCCGUGCGGUCGAUUUCAGCUGACGGGUACACCACCGUUGAGUACACUGAUCAUAACACUGGUAGCAUCAGCGAUAUGGAUUACAAUGUCAGGAUGAAAAAGUUGUACAUAACAUCAGCAGAGGCACGAAAAUUGGUCGAAGCGAACACCACAAACAACGAAACCAUCAUCACUAAUGUCGGUCGUCCUUCCAAGAUAGCUGUAGACUGGAUAACAGACAACGUCUAUUUCGUGGAUAGCACACCGUCUGCAAGACUAAUGAGAGUUUGCAACGUUAAGCAGAAAUUGUGUGCUCGCUUGCAAAAACUACCUAAUGCCGAGGUAACAGCACUGGUAGUAGAUCCAGCACAUCGCCGCAUGUUCUACUGCGUCACAAAAGACUUUGAGUCCGUUAUUUGGUCUGCAACUCUCUCAGGACAGAAGGUCAUGGAUAUAGCCACAGUGCACAAUUGUACUGGAUUAGCUGUGGAUUCUUUUAAGAAGAUCGUGUACAUCGCUGAAACUGGUCCCGCUCAUAUUUUGUGGAUGGACUAUGAAGGUGGACAACUGAAAAUGUUCAUAUCAGACGAUCCCUAUCUACAAGCACCACAUGACCUCGCAAUAUAUGAAGACCAUAUAUAUUUCCUAGUCGCGAACUCGUUCAAACUGAGCCGCUGCAUGCUGUAUUCCACAAAGCGGUGCGAACAUUACUUGCAAAGAGUUUUCGACGCUAACACGUUCGUAAUAAGACACGAAAGCGUGCAAAGGGAUGAUGUUGAGGACUUGUGUAGUGAUCAGCAGUGUCAAAAUAUAUGUGUUCUGGAUGAUAAAGGAGCAGCCUGUCUAUGUGACAAUGGGAGUGUAGAGAAAAAUGGCGCUUGUCCCGAAGUUGAUUCUUCUCUGUUGCCCUUGUUCAACGGCUGGGCUCACCACGAUCUAGAAAAUGUGCACAGACUCCCACUGUCUGUAGCUCUGAUUUUGGCUCUGUUAUUUAUAACUUACAUCUUUGUAUGCAUUUACUAUGUGCGACGCAGAAGCCAACGGGAGCGACAACAGCUACCUUAUGCACAAGUGCACUUCCAAAACACCCUGGCAGAAUCUGAAGGAACUACUCCGUUAAGCAUUUCAGAAAUGUCGCCUGGCUCCAGCGGUUUAGAAAUGCCGCCCACUGGGUCUAGAAGACAGGAGUUUACUAAUCCCUUGCAGUUCAUGAGAGACGUCUGGCAAAAGUCGGUCCGAAAACAAAAUCGCCCCAUUGGCACAGCUGGGUUGGAGAUAGUCGUGCCGCCACUCGAUGUGUCUGACACGGAGUCCGAUAUUGAUGACAGGGAUAGGGCGUCCAUUGUCGGGAAAAAAGGAAAGAAAUAAAUUAUAUUUCUUGAAAAAACGUGAAAGAUGUCUUCCCCCUGUCGCCGAGCCGAGAAAUUAGAAUAUUAUACGCAUAAUUUAUACCGAUGAGUCUAAACAUUAGAUUCGCCAAGUCUGAUUAAAUUUGUAUUAAUUAAGUACCUACCUGAACGAAUUCAUGAAAAAAAAAUCAAGAUGUUCCACAUAAAAUGUCCAUACUCCCUCAUGUAGUAUUAACUGUUAAGUUGCCUUUUUUGCUUUCAUGGAAAAGCACUUCACUCUAACCUCUUUAAUUUACAUGAAGAGGAUUUAAAAGUUUUGCAUUUAUAAUUGUUUUUCAUGUCACAAUUAAAGCAGAUGUCAAAAUAGCACUUAUAUACCGCCCACUAGAACUUGAAUGUAGGGCGGGCAGCUUCAAAGUAGCUUUAUACAAUUACUCGCGGGCUGUAUAAGAUGCUUUAAUUAAAUAGAAAUAAGUUUGAAGUCAGGUUCGGUAGAACUUAAUAUAAUUUUUUUACCAUUUUUCAAUGAUUUAUUAUGUUGAUUUCAUAUGUGAAUGAAUACAAUAAGUUUUACCCAUAAUGUAUUACUAUUUUGUGAAGUAAGUAAUAAGGUGUGCUUUUAAAUAUAAUUGUGUAAUUUAGGAUUAAUAAGUUGAUAAGUAUUAGUUAUGAUAAAGCAUAAUUAAUCACUGUUUAACUGUCUCUAAUGAAUUUGUAUUUCAUUAAAUAAAUUUGAAUAAACG